GCCUGAAAAGAAUUAAAGAAAAUUAUUGUAAUGUUAUAAUCAUACUCUUAUUCUUUGUAGGUCAUUCAUAUGCAUGUAGAUAUUAUUUAUUUGAUUGGUUGAACCGGAUUUUAACUUGUUGAGAUAAUUUUAAAUUUCACACCGGCACGAGCGCGGACCCUCCUGCUGAUUGUCAGAGAGUAUCAUGGCGGCGCAGAUGGCGGUAAAUUCGGGAGCCAGUCUGUGGGGGCCGCUGAAGGAGUUGUGGGAGACGGUGGACGGGGCGGUGUUGAGGAGACAGCCUGAGUGUGUCCACCUCUUGGAUCUGCUGCUGAAGAAACACAAAGCCAACUUCCUCUCACUCUUCAAAAACCCGCCCAAGAGUGCAGAGCAGAGAGAAAAGGUGCGUAAAGCCAGCACAGAAGGCAUUGCCAUCCAGGGUCAGCAGGGGUCACGUCUCCUCCCGGAGCAGCUUCUGAAGGAGGCUUUUAUCCUCAGUGAUUUGUUUGACAUCGGAGAGUUGGCCGCCUUAGAGCUUCUGUUAGCAGGUGAGCAGCAGCAGCCCCAUUUUCCCGGCCUGACUCGAGGUCUUGUAGCGGUGCUCCUCUACUGGGAUGGAAAGCUUUGUGUGGCAAACUCUCUGCGCACACUCAUCCAGUCACGCCAGGGCAAGACCUUCACCCUGGACCUAAGUGGAGAGCUGGUAGCUUUCACCACACGCUUCACAGAUGAACUGAUGAACCAGGGUCUGACCAAACGCAUCCUAACCUUGGUGUCAGAGAUAAGUGUGACACGAGAGUUUGAACGUCUGCAGAAGGAGCGCGGCCUGGGAAACGAGAAACACAGGAAAGAGGUUUCUGACCUCAUCAAAGAGUGCAGACAGGCUCUUGCAGACAGCCUGUUUUCAUGGACCUGUCAGUCACCGCUGACGAAAGAUGACACCUUGGCUCUGAUUGGCCACCUGGAGACAGUCACAGCUCAAGCUGACGGCUCAUUGGACUGUGUGAACAUGGCUCUGGUCAUGGCUCUGCUGUACUGCUUGGACGUCAGCUUCAUAGAACAGGGAACAGAAGACAGAGAGGACCUCCUGCAGGCUCUGCCGUUACUGACAGAGAGGCAGUAUGUGUCUGCAGUGCACAGUCGUCUGAUGGACGGUCAGCCUUGGAAGCUCCCAGGCCUGCAGGCUGUGUGUCGACUGGCCUGGGCUCUGUCUCUGAGGGUCCUCUCUCAGCUUCCACAGGGAUCUGCCCUGGUGGAGUUCACUGAGGCAGACGAGGCUCUGGCUGACCAGGCGCUUCUGGGGGACGUCUUUCUGUUUAUGAAGGAGGGCAUGCUGGGAUGUGAGAGUUUUGCCCAGGAAGAGUUUUAUAUCCGCCGCCUUCAUUCGCUCAUCACAGACUUCCUCGCACUCAUGCCGAUGAAGGUGAAGCAGCUCCGUAACCGUGCUGAUGAGGAUGCACGCCUGGUGCACAUGUCCAUGCAGAUGGACAGUGAGCUUCCAUCCUCGUUACGCAAAGACUUGGACCACCUCAUGAUCCUUAUUGGAGAGUUUUACAAUAAGGACUCUUUUGGGCUGGAGUUGGGUCUGGAGUUCUGGUGUCCCACAGAGUCUCUUCAGCACACCUCGCUGCAGGGAUCCUACCUGGGAAUGGCGCUGCAGAGGCCUCCACAUAAACAGGUGGUUUUAUCCAAGUUUGUGCGUCAGAUGGGAGACCUCCUGCCCUCCACCCUCUACAUCUCGUACCUGCGGAUGCUGAAAGGCCUCGCCAACGGUCCUCAGUGUGCGCACUACUGCUUUAGCCUGCUGAAAACCAACGGAGCCACACACAGUGACAACAUCCAGGGAGUUUCUGGCAGCCCCGUGUCUUGGGAGCAUUUCUUUCACUCUCUCAUGCUGUACCACGAGAACCUGCGGAGAGACUUUCCAAAUCCAGACGCGUCGCAGUACCGCCACCCACCACUAAGGGGCAUCACACAAAGAGAGCUGGAGGGACUCACCUCAUUUCUUCAGUUACUAACCACCAUCAUUACCUGGAGUGAAAAUGCUCGUCUGGCGUUGUGUGAGCAUCCCCAGUGGACCCCGGUUGUUGUGAUGUUGGGGCUGCUGCAGUGCAGCGUUCCUCCCGUCCUGAAGGCUGAUCUCCUGCACUGCCUGGCUGCGUUUGGGAAGUCACCAGAGAUCGCUGCGUCACUGUGGCAGUCUCUGGAGUACACACAGAUCCUUCAGACAGUGCGAGCCCCAGGGCAGAGGCAGGCUGCUGGAAUCGAGGUGGAGCUGAAUGAGAUUGAGUCGAGCUGCGAGGAGUAUCCCCUAACACGAGGCUUCUGUCAUCUGACCAGCACAUUGGUCGAGAGCAGCAUGCCAGUUAAUUUGGGGGCGGGGCUACGUGUCCCAGGUUUUCAACCCUACCUAAACUUCCUGCGUGACUCUGUGUUCCUGCCCUUCCCCACCAGAGCAUAUCGCCGCCCAGCGGAGAAGUGGGAAGUUGCGGAUGCUGUCCUAGAGGUGUUCCACAAGCUGCUGCAGGACUAUGAGCCGCAGCCGUCAGACUUUGUCCAAGAGAUGGUGGAGCUGCAGGGUGAGCAGCUCCCAGCCGACAAACCACCCGGCCACAGCAUCAUGUUCCACCUGCUCAACGACUCGCCCAUGCUGGCGCUCUGCCUCAGCCUGCUGGAGGAGGGCGUACGCCAGCUGGACACCUACGCACCCUUCCCUGGUAAGAAGCACUUGGAGUCAGCCGUGCUGCACUGCCUCUGCCUGCUGGACUUGGCUCUACAGAAGGAGGUGAUGUUCAUGGACCUCCUCAGGGAGAGCCAGUCCUCCCUCCUGGUGUCCCCACUGGAGCAGCUCCUCCAGGGGGUCAGUCCUCAAACUCGAAGGGCUGAUCACAUAGUCAACAUUGCAAGGUAUCUGUACCACAGCAGCACCAGCCCAGAGGCUGCCUUCCAGAGUGCCAAGAUCCUGCGCCGUAUUGCCAACUACCCCAACAUCCAGAACAGGCUUGUGGGAGAUUUCACACAUGAUCAGACUGUGAGUGAUAAACUGAUGGCGGGCUUCGUGGAGUGUCUGGACAAUGAAGAGGCCGAGGAGGGAGCAGAGAAAGAAGACGACUCUGACCAACAAAGGAAGGUUUCAAGAAUCAGACAUGAAACCCAAAUCCACAUCCUGAACCUGCUCAUCACGUCCCUGGAGCUGAAGACACCAAACCUGGCCCUCUAUCUUCUGGGCUAUGAGGUCAAGAAACCUGUGUCCACUACCAACCUGCAGGACGCAGGUGUGUUGGGAUGUCCGAGGAGUUGCCUUCACGCAAUCCUGAAUCUGCUGCAGAGAGGCACCGAGAAGAGAUCAGGACCUGUACUCACACAGCAAGCCCCACACCUGGCUGAGCUCUGCUACCAGGUGAUCUACCAGCUGUGCGCCUUCCCGGACACAUCAGGACCCACCAUGCGCUACCUGAGAACCAGCCAGGACUUCCUGUUCUCUCACCUGCAGCAUCUCCCCUUCAUCCUGCCCAGCAAUCAAAUCGCCGCCCUCUCCCAGAUGUCUUGGCUCAUGAAGACAGCUGCUAUCGAGCUGAGGGUGACCUCACUGAACCGCCAGCGCUCACACACACAGCGCCUCGUCAGCCUCCUGCUGGAUGACCAGCCACACACUCAGCAUACAGUGGAUGGAGAAUCUGGCAUGGAGGAAGAAACCAGAUCAGUCAGUGGCUUCCUUCACUUUGACACCGUUUCUAAAGUACGCAGGAAGCUCCUGAGUGUGCUGGACGUCAUCGACUUCAGUCAGGACAUGCCCGAGCUGCUGCAGCUGGACUUCUUUGAGCGCACUCAGAUAGAGCAGGUGAUCUCUAACUGUGAGCACGUCAACGAGCAAGGACACACCGUGUGCAACGUCAAGCUGCUGCACAGAGUGCUGGUGGCGGAGGUGAACGCUCUGCAGGGGAUGGCAGCCAUCGGGCAGAGGCCCCUGUUAAUGGAGGAGGUGAACUCCAUCCUGCAGCAGGUGGUGGAACGCAAUCGUGUCCGCAGAAGUUUGAGUGCAAAGCGGCACGCACUGCGGUCCUGGAGGAGUCUGGUGGAGACUCUGCUGACAGCCUGUCCCUCUGAUCUCAUACCUGCUGAUGACAGACAGCUCAUCAUCAGAGACCUGCUGCUGGACCUGCACGAUAAGGUGUUAUCUGAGGACGCAGCAGGAGAGCUGAUGCCCAUUGUCGCGGGGGCAGUCUUCACUCUGACGGCUCAUCUCAGCCAAUCAGUGCUGUCCGAGCAGCAGCAGGGGGCGGGAUUAGAAGCAUCCUCCGGCUUUGCAUCCAUCGCAAACUCAGCCCUCCACCUGAUUCUCCGCAAGCUGCUGGACUUCAUCCUUUGUACUGGAGGUGGAUACCAGCGUCUGCGUGCUCACUUGUACGGCUCUCUGCUGUACUACCUUCAAAUCGCCCAGAAACCUGAAGAGCCAGACACUCUGCAGACCGCUGGGAAAGCGAUGUGGGAGCGUCUCACGGCCCCUGAAGACGGUUUCUCCAAACUGCAGAGAGAGAACCUUGCCAUCAUCGAGAGCUACGGCAAGUCUCUGAUGGAGGUGGUGUGUCGGGAUGCAUGUGACGGCCAUGAAAUCAGCAGGAUGUUGGCUCUGGCGGUGCUGGACCGGAUCCUGUCCAUAGACCGCCAAAACCAGUGGCUCACUUACGUCUGUAACAGCGGCUACCUGCGCUCACUGGUGGAGAGCCUGAGACAGGAUGACGUCGCCCUGCAGAGCCUGCUCGUUCCUCAGCCCCCGCUCCUCAAACCUCUCUACAUCUAUGAGAGCAAGAUGGCUCUGCUGACCCGUGUGGCGAAGACCGGACUGGGAGCUGUGGAGCUGCUGCGCUGUGGUCUGGUGGCUCAGCUGAUCGAGUGUCAGGUGUUUGACAUGGUACCUGACAGUGACUCUCACAGAGUGAUGAGAGACCCAUCAGGCUUCAUCCCCAGCCCUCUAGAUCGCUACAGGCAGAUCCUCUUACCCACCCUCAGGCUUUUCCAGGUGAUCCUGACCUCCACCACCAUGAACCACCAGCAGGGGGCAGCACAGGUUCUCCAGUGGCUCAUAGUCCAUGCAGACACCAUUCAGGCUCUGCUGCGCUGUCAGGAGCUCAGCAUGGGAGCUCUGCAGGAGCUCUCUUUGCUUACAGGCAUCAUUAGUAAAACUGCUCUGCCAGGUGUUCUUGAGAUGGGCGGGGAGGUCAACGGUGCGGCCCUCCUUGAGUUCCAGGGUCAUAUCAACAGAUUCCAGCGCCUCUGUCUGUCCCUGCUGAGCCGUCUGGCAGGGAGCGAGCGAGAGAGGUUACUGAAGCAGGCGGAGAUCGCUGCACCCGGAGAAUCAGUGGAGAGACGAGAGGAGAUGGAAGUGGCCAUGCAGCAGGUGUGUGCUAACAUCAUGGAGUACUGCCAGACCCUGCUGCUGCAGAGCUCAACCCAGGCCCAGUUCAGCAUCUGCCUCUUCAGCCCGUCAGGCAGCGAACCAGCUGGCAGAGAUGGAGGACGCACAGAUCUUCCAGCCACUGUGCCCUCCAUAGCUUACUCCCGUGCCCCGAGCCUGGGCUUGGUCCUCUACCUGCUGAAGAACAGCGCUACAGACUUCUUCAGAUUCCACCAGAGUCACAGACAAAGCCUGGGGAAGCUUCAGAGCCUGGAUCAGCUGCCUCCAGAGGAGCUCAAGGAGCUGUGUCAGGGCCUGGUGUCCGGUCCAGGAGGGGUGGAGAAAAUCCCAUCAGUUCAGAGGAACUUGCUGGCAAAGCGACGACUGGUGCAGCUUAUUAACAGCAGAGCGAAGCUGCUGGCCCUCUGCUCCUACGUUAUCGAGACCUGUUUGUUUGUGCUGUGGCGCCAUCUUGAGUACUACCUGUUGCAUUGUACUCCCACUAACCCAAAGGACCUGCUGCCCGGAGCCGGUUUAUUUAGAUCACGCCUCGCAGACGACUCGUUUGGUGGGUUGCAGGCAAGCGGAGGACGAGGUAUCAGUCUGUCCCGAGUCAGCCAGCAAGACCUGGACCUGCUGAAGAGCGACAUGGGAGCCAGUUUUGGAGAGGCUCUGCAGAGGAAGCUGCUGGAGGUGGAGGGUUUGUACAGCCAAGUUCGCUCCCGAUACACCUUCAUCCAGGCUCUGGUCCGCAGGAUCCGCGGCCUGCUGCGACAGUCAAAGAGCUGAGACACACACAAAGACACAAAGACUGGCCAAAGCCCAAAUCCUCAGUUUCAUGAAUUGAAUGAAAACCUCUGCCGGAGAACUCCCGAGGACUGUUAACCUUCUGUCACUCUGCUUUUUCUGGUUCUAGCACUCUUUUCUACUCACCUGUUGAAGCUUUCUCUGAAGUAUUUUUGGAUGUUCAUGCCAAUCAGCAUGUGUUGCGUUCUGUGUGACCAUUCCUAAUUAUGUUUGACUGACUGUGUGCAACAAGUGUUCCUCUAAGAAGUGAGAUUAAGUGACUUGCACAAACACUUCCUAAAUUUUUACUCAUUAAGAGAAUUUGAUAUUCCUUUGUUUGGAUUGAUUUCUCUCUUUUGUGCAAAUAAACAUUUUCUAAACCUGUUGAA